AUGGAAAACAAGUCGGCUAGUGUGUCUCCUGAGCAGGAGAUACCGAGCUACAAUGAGAAGCCGAGUCAGGAGUCCCCUGCCUUAGAGCCUCAAGUGCUUGAAAAGGGUCAGACGGUGCGCAUUGGCGAGGAUGAUGACUAUGACAGCGACCAGGUGGUGAGCACGGCUCAAGAUCUCGUCACUCAUAUCAUCAAGGUCGAGGAUGAUCCAUCCCUGAACCCAUGGAGCUUUCGCAUGGUCUUCUUGGGUGCCGGGCUGUCCAUCUUCGGCGGUGUGCUCCAGGAGAUCUUCUACUUCAAGCCGCAGACCAUCUACGUCUCGCAGGUGUUCCUCACAGUCAUUGCCUAUAUCUUGGGAGAGCUCAUGGCAUAUGUUAUCCCUCGUCGUGGUGCCAUCGGAAAGUUACUCAAUCCGGGCCCUUUCAAUGCCAAAGAACAUGCCGCCAUUUCCCUCAUGUCCUCCGCCGCUACACAGUCCGCGCUGGCCACCGAGGCCUUGUCAGCCCAGCAACUCUUCUACGGAGGCUAUCCUAACCACGCCGCUGCCGUCUUCAUCGUGCUGUCCUCUCAGCUGAUUGGUUUUGGUAUCGCCGGUCUGCUGCGCGAUGUCAUCGUGCGACCAACCAAGAUGAUCUGGCCCAUGACCCUGCCCAUCAGCAGUCUGUUGGAGUCAUUGCACAAAGACAAGGCACAGUCCAAGGCACGGUUGAAGAUCUUCUAUAUUUUCUUCUGCAUCCUGUUCUUCUGGACCAUCAUUCCCGAGUACAUCUUUCCCCUUCUGGAAGGUUUCUCGAUUUUCUGCUUGGCCGACCAACACAGUCUAGUUUUCACGAACCUGUUCGGUGGUGCUUCCGGAAACGAGGGACUCGGAUUUCUCUCCCUUUCCUUCGAUUGGAACUACAUCGCCUCGUUGGGCUCGCCACUAUGGUAUCCGCUGUAUGCUAUGACCAACAAUUUCAUCGGAUACCUGGGCUGCAUCAUCCUCUUCAUGGCCGUCUACUAUGGCAAUAUCUGGCGUUCUCAAGACUUCCCGUUCUUGUCCCAGUUGCUCUAUUACGGCGACUCCAACUCCACCUACUACAAUGAGUACAACCAGACCCUGAUCCUCAACUCCGAGUACAUUGUCGACCCUGCGGCCCUCAAAGAGCAGGGUCUGCCCUGGCUGACUGGAACAUACGUGGUCUACCUCAUCACCUCGAACAUGGGAGUGACCGCUACACUGACCCACAUGCUCCUGUGGGAUUUUGACGAUAUCAAGGUCGGCUGGGCCUGGGCUGCCCCUAGCAAACUCAAGAAAUGGCUGAAGCUUGAGACCUACAAGUUCUGGAAGAACCAGGAAACCCCCGAGGAGCGUCUCGCACGACGCGUCAACGACGAAACACUCGAUCCACACUACCGUCUUAUGCUGCGCAACCUCUAUCAGGAUACUCCGCUGUGGUGGUGGGGAGCUGUGCUGAUUGCGAGCUUUGCCGUUGGCUUAGGCUGCUUGUAUGCGAUGAAGUCUACGCUGCCGUGGUGGGGAUUCAUCGUCGGCAACAUCCUCACGCUGGUGUUCAUGCUCUUCUUCGGUGCGCAAUACGGAUUGACUGGGUUUCAGUUCAACGUUCAGCCUAUCUGUCAGAUGCUGGCAGGCUACAUGUUCCCGGGGAAGCCGUUGGCUAACCUCUACUUCACCUGCUUCACCUACAACUCGCUGCAGCAGGGACAGGUCUUGGCCAAGGAUCUACGACUAGCGCAACAAGUGCAUCUAUCCCCGAAGUGCACCUUCUUCGUGCAAGUGAUGGGCUGCAUCAUCGGUGCUCUAUUCAACUACGUGAUGAUGCUGAUCAUCGUCCGAAACCAAUCCGAAGUACUCAUCUCCAUUGACGGCACCAACAUCUGGAGUGGCGCCAAUGUUCAAAUAACCUGGAGCAUCGCCAACGACAUGUUCUCCAUCGGCGGCCGCUACGAAUGGGUCACAAUAGCCUACCUCGUCGGCUUCAUCGUGCCGGUACCCUUCUGGCUCGCCAACCGAUAUUACCCGCACCCAAUUUUCUCAUAUCUCAACACCUCCAUUAUCCUCUGGUACAUGGGUUGGUUGUUCGUGGGUAUUAACGCCUCCAUCAUGUCGUACUUCCUGCUGGGAUUUGCGGCCCAGUUCUGGCUCAGACGGUAUCAUCCCCAGCUGUUUAAUAAGUAUAAUUAUAUUGUAUCGGCGGCGUUGGAUGGUGGCACGCAAAUUUGUGUGUUUAUUCUUACGUUUGCUGUGUUUGGGGGGAGUGGAGUGGAGCAUGCAUUUCCGACUUGGGCGGGAAAUCCCAAUACCGAUAUUCAUAAUUUGGAUUAUUGCAAGGUCAAUCCGGCGACUUUGUAA